GGCGACCGGGCUGAGGGAGAGCGGGGCGCAUUGACGUCACGGAGCGCGCUGAUUGGCUGAGCCCGUUGGUUUCCGGUGGGAGCCGCCACUGCUGCUGCUGUCGCUGAGGCCGCGGCCGGGACGGGCGGGGGGCGGUGAGGUCCCGGCGGAGCCGCCCGCGUCAGCUGAUCCUGGGAUCAACAUAUCUUACUGCAUAUUCAUAAGCUGUUGCCCCUGUCCCUGUACCAGCAAUGGCAGCCUCUAGCAGCAGCGAGGAGGAGCGGAGUCUUCGGGAGUGUGAACUUUAUGUCCAAAAACACAACAUCCAGCAGCUUCUGAAGGAUUGCAUUGUACAGUUAUGCACAGUGAGACCUGAAAGACCCAUGGGCUUCCUCAGGGAGUACUUUGAAAGAUUGGAGAAGGAGGAAACAAAACAGUUGUUGAAUCAACAGAAGUCUGGAUCUCGCUCAGACUCCCGGGAGGAUGAAAUCUCUCCUCCUCCUCCUAUGAACCCUGUGGUUAAGGGUCGAAGAAGGCGUGGGGCCAUCAGUGCAGAAGUCUACACAGAAGAGGAUGCUGCAUCUUAUGUUAGAAAGGUUAUUCCAAAAGAUUACAAGACCAUGGCUGCUUUGGCAAAAGCUAUUGAGAAGAAUGUGCUGUUUGCCCACCUUGAUGAUAAUGAAAGAAGUGAUAUCUUUGAUGCCAUGUUCCCUGUCACAUACAUUGCAGGAGAGACUGUCAUACAGCAAGGUGAUGAAGGUGAUAACUUCUACGUUGUUGAUCAAGGAGAAAUGGAUGUCUAUGUGAACAGUGAGUGGGCCACCAGCGUUGGGGAGGGCGGAAGCUUCGGGGAGCUUGCCCUCAUUUACGGAACUCCUCGCGCUGCCACCGUCAAAGCGAAGACAAACGUCAAGUUGUGGGGCAUUGACAGAGACAGCUAUAGAAGGAUCCUGAUGGGCAGUACUUUGAGGAAGAGGAAGAUGUAUGAAGAAUUCCUUAGUAAAGUAUCUAUAUUGGAGUCUCUGGACAAGUGGGAGCGGCUCACUGUAGCUGAUGCCUUGGAACCAGUACAAUUUGAGGAUGGCCAAAAGAUUGUGGUCCAGGGAGAGCCAGGGGAUGAAUUCUUCAUCAUUUUGGAGGGCACAGCUGCAGUGUUACAGCGUCGGUCAGAAAAUGAAGAGUUUGUUGAAGUGGGCAGACUGGGACCUUCUGAUUAUUUUGGUGAGAUAGCUCUGCUGAUGAACCGUCCCCGCGCUGCCACGGUGGUUGCUCGUGGCCUCUUGAAAUGCGUGAAGCUGGAUCGCCCCCGGUUCGAACGGGUGCUGGGGCCCUGCUCGGAUAUCCUCAAGAGAAACAUCCAGCAGUACAACAGUUUUGUAUCCCUGUCUGUCUGAAACCUCCCUCCCUGCCCAAAACCUGCUUCACCAACGCAGACUGCUUUAUGACCCUCGUGCAGAGCCACAUUGCCACUGGCGUUUUGCAGCUUUUCCUGUCUCGUUUUCAACUAAACAACACAAAAGAAAGAAAACAAUCGAAAAAGAAAAGCAAACAAACAAACAAUUGCUUAGCACAGCACUGGUUUUAAGUUUAGAGCAUAUUAGUUCUGUGCUCUGUGUCCCAUUCAGAGAGGGGGGGGGGAAAUAAAUUGUUCUAUGGAGAUCUGUUUUGGUUUGGGUUUUGCUCUUAGGGCUUCUCCCUGUGCAACAAAAGUCCAACUUGGGCAACUGCAGCCUCGUUUCAGGAGGAAAAAGAUCUCCUGGCACCGUGCCCAUGGCCAUAGAGUAAGGAGGUGACAGCAGAGGGGAGAUGAAAAUCCUUUCUCAGCUGUUUCUGAAAGAGUUGGAGAGAUUUUUAAGGCUCUGCUGUCUUUCUCUUUUGAAUGAGAGUUGCCCUUGUAAAUUGAGCUCUUCUCGAGGCUGGGAGGAGGGGAAGAUUCCUUUUUCAUUUUCUGGGUGCUGUAAUCCUGGGUUCAAUCAUGAGGCAUCAGCUGCUAAGAAAGCCACAGCUGGAAUUUAACAGUCUAAUUGUUCCUGUGUCUGCUGGUUUAAGAUUGCUUAGUUAUGUUUUUUUCUUUUGGUCAAGUGUAAAAGCUUUCAAGGUUAAAUAGUUCUGGUGAGCUGCUGCAGUUGUUCCUUCAUUUGCUGACUUGCUGCAGCUGAGCUCUGGGUUUUUUUUUUCCUUAGUGAUCAAUCCACCAUUUCAAACUCCUCCUGUUUAAAGUGGCAAGAACCAAAUGUUACAUGAAAUGCCUGAAUUUUACUGUUUGGGUUUCUAGGACAUAGGUUGGUGUAAGAGUGGUGCAGCUAUCCAGCUGUUAGUCGUGUUCCAGUCCUUAGAUCAGUGUAGAAAUUGGAAGCAAGCAUUUUAAUUCCCCUCUGACUUGCUUUGCAUUUCUCAAUUGACUCUUUUUGUUAAUGGUCAUCACUUCAGGUGACUCUUUGUUACCAAGGAAGGGGGGAAAAAGACCCAGGUUGACUCUUUUUGACCAGCAGCAGUGGCAGGAUUGCUGGUCCCUGUCGAUCCCAUGAUACUUGGUAGGGAAUGUGAGGCAGAAAAAGUGAAUGUUUUAACUUUCCUGCCACACUGAUUUUUAUUUUGGUGGAUGUUUUGGGUUUGGCUUUGUUUUUUUUUAAGCCAAUCAGUUCAUUUUUACAAAUGGUUCAUUCUAAAUCCACUUUCAAUCUCUAAGCUUCUGGAACUGACACCUCUUUCAUAACCCUUUCUUCCUUCCAAGUUCAAUAUGUUGCCGAGUCUUAAAUGUAGCUCAGUAUUUACCAGCUUUGUGUUCCAUUGCUCUGUGCACACCAAUCCUUCCCACUUGUUUUUACUGAAUUCCACAGAUCAAUAGUGCUAGGCAAUUUUUAAGGUUUCCUUUCAACUGUAGUUUCUCUCAAGUAGUGUAGGUUUGUAUCUGGGAGUGACAGCAAGCGCCUCUGCAUUCGUUCUGCAACGACUUCUUCAUGAUGGAGCCCUCAUUUUGCUUCCUUUCCGAGGGGACGUGGAUCCAAAUUCAACUGAUUGAUUGAUUUCUCCCUUUCCUCCCUGUUUUCCUCCCUGUUUUCCUCCCUUUCCUCCCUGUUUUCCUCCGUUUCCUCCCUAUUUUCCUCCCUAUUUUCCUCCCUUUCCUCCCUAUUUUCCUCCCUUUCCUCCCUAUUUUCCUCCCUUUCCUCCCUAUUUUCCUCCCUUUCCUCCCUAUUUUCCUCCCUUUCCUCCCUAUUUUCCUCCCUUUCCUCCCUAUUUUCCUCCCUUUCCUCCCUAUUUUCCUCCCUUUCCUCCCUAUUUUCCUCCCUUUCCUCCCUAUUUUCCUCCCUUUCCUCCCUAUUUUCCUCCCUUUCCUCCCUAUUUUCCUCCCUUUCCUCCCUAUUUUCCUCCCUUUCCUCCCUAUUUUCCUCCCUUUCCUCCCCCAGGCUUGUAGAUAAUCAGAGUUUGCAAACUGAUGCAAAAAUAGCACUGAGGGUAUCAAGCCUUGGCAUAAAGGUUUGAAGGUAUUUCUGAACCUGACCCAUCAUCCUGCUCCCAAUAAUGGGGAUUUAACUGCUUUGUGGUUUGAGUUCUCUACUCACAAGAUGCUGAGUAGAGGAUUUUUUUGCCACAGUCCUUAAGGACUCAGCAACUGCUACCUUUUUAUGGUUCUGUUUUUCACUUGAUAUCUUAAGCUUUGACUCUCUCCAGGCUUUUUUUUCCCCCUCCCUCCCCCUUUUAUAUAUGUUCUUUAUGUUACUUUAAAGCACCAAACCCUGUAAACUAAUUCAGAGCUCCACACCCCCAGGAAAAAAAAAUCAAUGCACAUGUUUUUUUUUUUACCUAUAUAAGGCUUUCUAACCAAGUUUCACUACUGCAUCUCUUUAGCUUGCUGUUUAACUCCCUUUUGUAGUUUUACCUACAAGAUUUUAAGAUAAAUCAGCUGAGUUGAAAUAUUAUACACAGUUAUAGCUUUACCUUUGUGUGCAAUUGAAAUCUGUUUGAAGACAAACCAACCAACCACAAUUGGCAUAGUUUUGCCUUAGCUAACAUUCAGGGCUUUAGAAAGUGAUAUGGUUUUUUUUUUCUCUUGCUAGCCCACCUUUAGCAAACUUCUCAAAGUCUAUUGCCCUAGAAAGCUAUAGUCAACCAGAGGACCAUUUUUGUAUUGUUAUCUGACUAUCUUAAGUCUGAUUUACUGUAUGUGCUAAUAUAUUCUAUGAUAUUCCUUUUGUUAUAGAUUGUCCUAAUGGCAGGUAAAGCAAUAAAAUGAUUUAAAUUCUUAAA